CAGAGAGACAGUUUGAAGACAACCUGGAUGCAUCCUCGAUCCAAGCACUGGUAUCUCAUCCUAGUGCGUCAAAGAAAUGUUCAUGAUCGUCACACUUGUAUGAUGCCUAAUGCGGAGUAUCAAACAGCCCAUCGCAUUGUGCGAUAUAAACUCAACUUCCGCUUCAAAUCCAAACCGGAGAGAG